AUGAUUAAUGCACAUUUAGAAUUUAAUCAAGCUAUUGUAGAACAUUCACAAUAUAUACAAUUAGAAGAUUAUUAUAUAUUAAAACAUGCUAUUAUUAUUGCAAUGACAACAACAUGUGUAUCAAAAUAUUUUGAUGUUAUACAAAAACUUGUAAUUAUGGAUGUUCAAGGAGCACCUCAACAACAUCCUCCACCACCUCAACAACAACAUCCAGCACCACCACAUCAGCUCCAACGUCGUCGUCAUCAUGGAGAAGGAGAUCGACGUUGA